CGCGAGAUUUACCACGCGGAAGUUUGCUGGGACGGUGACGCCUGCGUGGUAGACAUCUCUGUAUGUGUGCUGGUCGUGCACAUUUUAACUUUGCCCACUUUUCUUUGUGUCAUUUUCCCAAUUUAUACUGUUAACGCGGAUUGGAACAGGAAGCCAUCAUGAGCAUACUCGCCAAAAUAGCAGAGAUUGAAAAUGAGAUGGCCAGGACACAGAGGAACAAGGCCACAGCUCACCACUUGGGUCUGCUCAAGGCACGUCUGGCCAAACUGAGGCGGGAGCUCAUCACUCCAAAAGGAGGCAGCGGUGGUGGCACGGGAGAAGGUUUUGAUGUGGCAAAAACGGGUGACGCCCGUGUUGGCUUUGUCGGUUUUCCGUCGGUGGGCAAGUCAACACUGCUCAGCAACCUGGCAGGCGUGUAUUCAGAGGUCGCCGCUUACGAGUUCACCACCCUCACCACAGUACCCGGAGUCAUUCGCUACAAAGGGGCAAAAAUUCAGCUUCUGGAUCUCCCAGGAAUCAUUGAGGGGGCCAAGGAUGGCAAAGGCAGAGGCAGACAGGUUAUUGCAGUUGCUCGAACCUGCAACCUCAUCCUGAUCGUGCUGGACGUGCUGAAGCCUCUGUUGCACAAGAAGCUAAUAGAACAUGAGCUCGAGGGCUUCGGCAUCCGACUGAACAAGCAGCCGCCCAACAUUGGCUUCAAGAAGAAGGACAAAGGCGGCAUCAACUUCACGGCCACUUGUGCACAAAGUGAGCUGGAUGCUGACACGGUGAAGACGAUCUUGUCAGAGUACAAGAUCCACAAUGCUGACAUCACCCUCCGCAGCGACUCCACAGCUGACGACCUCAUCGAUGUAGUUGAGGGGAAUCGGGUCUACAUUCCGUGCAUUUACGUGCUCAACAAAAUCGACCAGAUCUCCAUCGAGGAGCUGGAUGUCAUCUAUAAAGUCCCGCACUGUGUGCCCAUCUCGGCCCACCAUCGCUGGAACUUUGAUGACCUGCUGGAGAAGAUGUGGGACUACCUAAAGCUUGUGCGCAUCUACACCAAACCCAAAGGUCAGCUUCCGGACUACACAUCUCCUGUGGUUCUUCCUGACCAACACACCUCAGUGGAGGACUUCUGCCUGAAGAUUCACAAAAACCUCAUCAAAGAAUUAAAAUAUUUGGGAACGGCUUGUUUUUUUAUGACGUGGGUCAGGUCCCACACAGUAUGCUGUGUUCAUGUGAGUUGUGCACACAAUGACAGCGUGGUACAUACACCAACACCACCAUUCAGAACAUUGGUGUUAAAAUAUCAACAAGUCGUUAUGUAGUAGACUACCCGCCAUGUUUCCCUCAAUCCAUUACAGAAAAAGGCUACGCUACGUGCAUUAUUUGCCAUGACGAGAUGUCAUCUUGCCUCGUCACUUGCAGGCUGCCUAAUCACUCGUUCUGCACCAUGCACAUUAUCUUUCAAAUCAACGUGAACUUACAUACUGCUCAGGGACCAACCAACAUGUUUAGAAUACUAUGGUAUUUUGUAAGGUACAUUAAUUUGGCCAGUUUGCCCUCUACCGUAUCAUUCCACAGAAUCGAGUGCCCACACAAAGAAUUAAUACAAGGGUGAACCCCUUGUAACAGAAAGACUUUUAUUCACAAAGAAUUUUUAGCUUUCUGAAAUGGUGGCACUAGAAUAAUGUAAACUAACCUAUUAACCACUACUAUAGUGAUCUAAAAGACUUUUAACCAGACGCAGCAGUCGUCCUCUUUAUGCUUGGAUACUGCUGAGACGUAUUACCUACCAGAGGCUUUGGAUCGGGGUCCAUCUCCAAAUGGGCGCUCUGGGUCAUCAAUCAGUCAAUACAUUAGUGCUGCUGAGCAUUAGCAAUCCUCCAGGGAGGGGAGCAGGGCCAAACGGUGUCAUACUAGAUUAGAGAGCCCCUUCUCGCGCAGCUAAAGAGGGUGUCGUUUCCGCUCGCUUACUUUUGCUUCUGUCUGAGCUCGUGAAAACAUUCAGAACAUGAUUCAUGUGAAUACCCCC